AUGGUUGAUAAGGUGGUGGCGCAUAGCAUCAACACAUUGGUCUCCCUCGUCAGCGUCUGGAACUACGCCGGGCGGGUCACGGCCGGGUUCGCGUCCGAGGCCCUGCUGGCGCGGCACGGCGUUUACCCGCAGCCGCUCGCGCUCACGCUGGUGCUCCUCCUCUCCUGCGCCGGCCACCUACUCAUCGCCCUCGCCGUGCCGCGGUCGCUCUACGCCUUCUCCAUCAUCGUGGGCUUCUGCUUCGGCGCGCAGUGGCCGCUCAUCUACGCCAUCAUCUCCGAGGUGUUCGGGCUGAGGUACUACGGCACGCUCUACAACCUGGGCGCCGCGGCCAGCCCCGUGGGCGCCUACGUGCUCAACGUGUGCGUCGCCGGGCGGCUCUACGACGCGGAGGCGGCGAGGAAGCGCGGGAACGGCCAGAGCAGGACGUGCAUGGGCGUGCGCUGCUUCAGGGAGUCGUUCCUCAUCGUCACGGCCGUCACCGUGGGCGGCGCGCUCAUGUUGCUGGUGCUGGUGUGAAGGACGUGGAGCUUCUACUAGGGAGACAUCUACGCCAAGUUCAGGGAUGCCGUGGCUGUCCAGGAGGCAUCCGACGGUGCUUGCGCGGUUGAGCAGCGGCCGCACGAGUCGGGUCAACACCGAAGGGAGCUGCUGUUGAGAUGGCUCAUGUACGUUGACUGUCUUGAUCUGUCCAUCGUGGAUUUCACUGGAACUGGAGGCCCGCCGCCUGCACAAAAGUUUGCUGUUUCUGCGUGGACUAUCAACGCUGUCAAGGCUGUGCUUGUCACAGACAAGGCUACUGACACCACAUAUGGAAAACUGCAGGAUGAAGAAGACUACUACGCGUGGGGCCAAGCAUAUCAGUAA